UAUAAGCGUGUAACGUUGACUGUGAAUGAAGGCGGUUUGUCUCCGUUAGCUUCCCCGGUUAGCUCGGAGCAUUGUAGCUAGCGCCGCAGUGCUAAGCUAGCGGAGCAGCCGCGGUGCGUGUCGGGAAAGUUGAGCGGCCACACCGAGGGAAGUUUAGUGUCCUCGGCUCCAGCCUCAGGGCGCAAAAGCAGCUUGAAGUUAUCGCGCCAGUCUCCGUUAAAACCUCUGACAGGUUUGAAGCUUCGCUCUCACAGAAACAAACUGGUUCAUGGCUGAACUUCUCCUGUCGUUUGCUCAAUAAACUCUCCCUUAUCUACACUGGAGCCCUGCUGGUUUUACUGGACCGGGUGAAAAUGUGGCUGCACUGAGUCCGCGUCCGUGCUGUCCCCUGACUGAGCUCCGUGCAGACCCCACAGGCGUGUUUCUCACCCCUGCAGCUCUUUCUCAGAUGGAGAAUUACAGCAAAGCUCGCACCGUGGAGCAGCCGUGUGUCUGUCCGUUCCCCGGCCUCGCCGCCGACACGCCGGAGAUCCACGUCAAAGAUGGCAGCAAGAUCCGCAACCUGCUGCGCUACGCUCUGAGCCGCAUGGAGGCCAAAACCCGAGCGGCUGACGAGGAAGUACGACCUCAACCCGAGGAAGGCGGCGUAGAAGCACCGCAGGAGGCCCCGGGCCGGCCGCUCUGCAGACAUGUUGUCUUCACCGCGAGCGGGAAGGGCGUCUCCAAAGCCAUCACGUGCGCGGAGAUCGUGAAGCGGCGUGUGAAAGGGCUGCACCAGCUCACCAAGCUCCUGUACGGCACCGUGGAGGAGGUGUGGGAGCCGCUGGAGCCCGCCGCUGGCCUCGACAGCCUCACGGUCAGCAGGAACCUGCCUGUCAUCUGGAUCCUCCUCUCCAGAGAGCCGCUGGACUCCAACCAGCCGGGGUACCAGGCGCCGGGCCGCUACGACGCCCUGUGGACGCAGGCGGCCAACAGGGAGGAGGGCGGAGGGUUCAGCGGGCAGAGACCUGGACACAGGAGAAAGCGAGGAGGGGGCGGUGGCGGCAGAGGGAAAGGAUCCGGCCGUCAGAGCGGUCGGUCGAGAGAGGCGGCCAAAGGACAGAGUUGAUUCAGAUUUCUGAAGCAGCUGCUUGGAGCUCGGAAACUUUGUCCUCCUGAAAAGUCGUAGCUGGAGACGCAGCUCUCAUCACGGCUGCGACCACGAACGGGGAGUUUGUGUCCGUUUGAAUCUAAGAAGAGCCGGAAACUGCACACGUCUGAGAAGAUGACCUCACACGGAGGUCCCGCAGAGUUAAAUCAGCUUUAAGUUUCUGAGUCCCCGAGUUUAAUUUGUGUGUGAGCUGAUAAGAAAGCAGGAGGCGAGUGUUUCUCACACUGAACUUUGCUGUUUGUAAAAUAAAUGAUUUUAUUUACAAGAAGAAAAA